UCUGAGGAAACCACGUUGAAAAGCUGAUCCCAGACCUCCUGGAUCUGUCGUUUUGGAAAUUAAAACAUGGACCCUCAAAAAUGCUAGGCUUACGAUGGGAAAUGUCACAAUCCAGCGUUUGCUCUACGGGACCUUGACAUUCGGGGUCUUGUUGGCUCUGUUAUAUGUACCUUUAUACCACUACCAAGUGAGCAGCGUGGGGAAGGAAACCCAGAAGCCUGCAUCCAUUUGGUACCUUGAAACAAGGCUGCAACGGCAGAUUAUCCACGGCUCAGGGGGCAUACCAGGAGAACGCGUAAUAUUUGAAAGACCUGACAGAUAUGGAACUGAAAAACUGAAUCUACAUUUAAAAUUAGGUAAAAACUUUAACUAUACAGACCCAGAACUUCUUUUAGGAUUUCUCACGUAUGGAUUUAAUACCGUUCUCAGUAAAAGGUUGGGCAUCAAGAGAGAUGUGCCAGAUUCCAGGAAUAAAAUGUGUCUUAAAAAACAAUACCCAACCAAACUGCCCACUGCCAGCGUCGUCAUUUGUUUCCACAACGAAGAAUUUAAUGCCUUGCUUCGGACUGUGUCCAGUGUCAUCAGCCUCACACCACACAAAAUCCUCGAAGAAAUUAUUUUGGUAGAUGACAUGAGCGACUUUGAUGAUCUGAAAGACAAACUAGACCAUCACCUGGAAAUCUUCCGGGGGAAGAUAAAAGUCAUAAGAAACAAAAAGAGACAGGGGCUGAUUCGAGCCAGGCUGAUCGGGGCGGCGCGAGCUUCAGGGGACGUCUUGGUGUUCCUGGACAGCCACUGCGAGGUGAACAAAAAGUGGCUGCAGCCCCUGCUGUCUGCCAUCGCCAAGGACCGCAGAACGGUGGCGUGUCCCAUGCUGGACACCAUCGACCGCGUGACGCUGAAAUACCAACCCUCCCCCAUGGUGAGAGGAAUUUUCAACUGGAAUCUACAAUUUAAAUGGGACAACGUUUUCUCUUACGAGAUGGAAGGCCCAGAAGGCCCCACGGCGCCCAUCCGGUCCCCUGCGAUGUCCGGAGGGAUUUUUGCUAUCCAUCGGCAUUAUUUUUACGAGAUUGGACAGUACGACAAGGAAAUGAACUACUGGGGGGGAGAAAACGUGGAGCUUUCGCUAAGGAUCUGGAUGUGCGGGGGCCAGCUCUUCAUGAUGCCCUGCUCUCGGGUCGGACACAUCAACAAACGGAGCACCAGGAACACAACUGAAAGCGUCCGAGCCCUGGUGCACAACAGCCUCAGGGUCGUGCACGUCUGGCUGGACGAAUACAAGGAGCAGUAUUUUUUAGGAAGACCUGGUCUGAAAUCCAUUCCCUAUGGAAACAUAAGCGAGCGCGUUGAGUUAAGGAAGCGACUGGGUUGCAAGUCAUUCCAGUGGUAUCUGGAUACAGUCUUCCCGGAACUGGAGAUGUCCAAUAACAGGAAACCAAGGCCAAAUCAUUUUCACUAA